AUGGAAAAUCAGGUCAUGAAUGUGAGAAAGGGGGCAUGGACUCUAGAGGAAGAUGCCCUUCUCGAGAGAUGCGUCCUCUAGUAUGGUGAAGGGCAGUGGCAUCUAAUUCCAGAAAGGGCAGGUAUGGCUUCAUCUUACCUAAAUUAUGUAGGUUGCAUGAGUCUUGAAGUUUAACUCGCGUAGGUUGUUGGGAUCAAAGGAUCUGGAGAGAGUACGGGGAAGGAUCAAAGCACAUAUGUUUUCAAAGAAAACAAAGUAACCUCUCUACUUCAUGCAUUUGAUCGAACAUGUUGAGUACAAUUUAUAAGAGAGAGCGAGAGUAACGGUCGUUAAAGACAGUUACGAUUCGUGGGGCCACGUUUCCACGUAGCUUUCAUCUCAGUCAUAAUAACUUAGAAGAGAUGGACGGUCAGGAUUAAAAACAUUAAAAACUUAAGAAACUAUAAACAACUUGAAACAGUCUUCGCUGGGGAAACUACCGGAGUGUUGCCAUUUCUGGCGAUCUUCACGCUCCCGUUUCUUGACUAGGCUUAACACCAUCAAUCUCCACUCUAAGCCUAGUAUUCCCGCCGUCUUCAACCAUGCUUAGUCUUUGAUGAAGCUUGCUGAAUCGAGUUCUUCCUUGUGGCUUCGUGAGUAGGUCAUCUAAUUGAUCAGCAGAGUUGAUGUGCUCCACAUUAAUUGACUUGUUUUCGAGGUAGGAACGAAUGAAAUGAUAUCGAGUAUCAGUGUGCUUUGAUUUGCUAUGAUGUACUGGAUUUUUUGAUAAUGCAAUUGCUAAUUUGUUGUCAAUAAACAACUUUACCUAAGUGGGUUUUUUCCAUCUUCAGUUCUUCGAUGAGCCUGGCCAGCUAGAUUCCGUAGCAAGCUGCUGCCGUAGCAGCUACAUGGCUUCACAAGAAGAAAGUGCGACAAUUUUCUACUUUUGUGAGGUCCAACUUAUCGGACUUGAUAUGAGAAAAAACAGAAUUCCAGUUGUGCUUUUCUGGUCGACUGCGUCACCGGUGUGAUCACUAUCACUAUAUCCUGUCAAAGUGAAGUCGAAUUCUUUUCUAUAAUGUAAUCCGAGAUUCAUAGUACCUUUAACAUAUCGGAGAAUCCGUUUCAAUGCCGCCAUAUGCUCUGUGGUAGGUGCUUCCACGUACCUACUAAGAUAACCCAUGGAGUAGGUUAGAUCAGGCCGAGUGUGAACUAAAUACCUCAAGCUCCUAAUUAUGCUCCGAAAUUUUGUUGGGUCAACUGAUUGACUCUUGUCUCCAUUACUGAACUUGAAACGAGCUUCAAGCAGUGUGAUAGUGGGGUUGCAUUCUUACAUUCCAGAAUGUUCAAGUAUUCGUAGAGCAUAACGUUGUUGCUUUAAACUAAUCAUAUCUCCGAAUUGUUCUAUUUCAAUUCUGAGAUAAGAGGUAAGAAGACCUAGAUCACACAUCUUGAAUUACUUUAUCAUUUUUUCUUUGAAUUCUGAGAUGCAUUCAUCACUGGUUUUGGUAACAAUGAGGUCAUCCACAUACACCUCGGUAAUCAAAUAAGCUUUGUCAAAAAAAAUUGUGUAUACAGCGUGUUCUUGAGAGCUUCUAGUAAAAUCGAGUGAAAUAAGACAUUUGUCUAACUUCAUAUACCAUGCUCGAGGUGCUUGCUUCAAAUCAUAAAGGGCCUUCUUUAACUUAUAAACAUAAUUCUCUUUACCUCUGUGGAUGAAACCUUCUAGCUGUUUGACAAAAACUUCUUCUUCAAGUUCUCCAUUUAAAAAUGCUGACUUGACAUCUAGAUGAUGAAGUCUCCAAUUAUUUUGGGCCGCAAGAGCAAUUAUUACUCUAACUGUCUCCAUUUUUGCUACUGGGCAAAAACUUCCUCAUAAUCAAUGCCCAAUUUUUGAACAUACCCUUUUGUGACCAAUUUGGCUGUGGCCAAUUAUUUCCCCUUGUAAGUUUCUCUUUGUCUUAAAAAUCUAUUUAAAACCGAUGGGCUUGCAGUUCUUUGUGGCCGGAGUGAGAAUCCAAGUGUGGUUUCUCACGAUUGCUUCAAUUUCUUCUUCCAUGACUUUUCUCUAAAUUUCUUGUGAGGCCGCUUCUUGAUAUGAGGAGGGUUCUUCGAUCAUUAGAUUGCAUUCCUCUAUUUCUUCAUAGACUUGAGAUAUAUCUUUAAAUCUUCUAGGAUGACCUCCUUCUGAUGAUGAAGAAAUAUCUUGGUUUUGAGCAAGAGAGUCGUCGAGUAUUGGUGGAGAGACAACUUGGUCGUUAGGAUUUUCUUCUGCAUCAUCGGAGUUAACACAAGUGGGUAAGCAAAGUGUACCUUUGCUGGGUUGCUCUGAGGAAUUCCACCCCCAUUGACUAUUUUCUUUGAAAAUCACAUCUCGACUAAUGUGAGCUUUAUUUUCUUGAGGAUCGAAGCAUCUAUAAGCUUUAGUCCCCACUUUGUAUCCUAUGAAUAUCAUAGGUUUGCUUUUGUCUUGUAGCUUGGUCAAGUGUUGUCCAAGUAUAUUCACAUGAACCAGUGAACCAAAUACUCUAAGGUGAGCCACAUUUGGUUUAGAUACGCACCAAACUUCAUAUGGUGUGACUUCAUUGAGGCUCUUUGUAGGUGAUUGAUUGAGGAUGUAGAUGCUUGUGUUCACGGCUUCACCCCAUAGCUCCAGUAGUAAAUUCUUGCUUCUCAACAUGCAUCGAACAUUUUCCAUAAUAGUUCGAUUUUUUCUCUCAACAAUCUUGUUUUGCUGAGGUGAGUAGGGGGCUGUGAGAUGUUGUUUGAUUCCAUGUUGAGAACAAAAAGAAUCAAAUUCUGUAGAAUUAAAUUCUCCCCCUUUAUCAAUUGGGGAAACACCGAUUUUGACUUUCUUCUCUAUCUCGGCCAUGGUUUUAAACCUCAAAAAUGCCUGAAAAGCUUCAUCUUUUGCUUCAAAAAAGCAAUCCACAUUAUUCGGGAGUAAUCGUCUAUAAUCAGGAAGAAAUAUCGAUUUCCUCCGUAUGUGCUUAGCGUGAUCGAGCCACAAAGAUCUUCAUGGAUCAGCUCCAGUGGAGAGCUAGCUCUGAACAGUGAGGUAGAGGGGAAAGUAUGUCGAGGAUGUUUAGCAACUACAUAAUCUCGACAUAGACUCUUGAGCUUUUGAAGUGGAGGCAACCCUUGGACAACAUUGGGAAGUGACUUUAGAGAGUUGAAAUUAAGGUGGCCAUACCUCCGAUGCCAAAUCCACUCGGUCUCAUCUUCUUUUGAGACAAGACAAUGAUCAUUAAUUGUCAGUUUCAGCGGAUAAAGACUUCCCUGCGUCUUCUUUACUCGUGCUAGAAGUCUUCUUUGUUGAUCGAGGAUUGUGAGAUAGCCUGAUUUCAUCUCGAUUUUGAAUCCUUGAUCAUCUAAACGGCCGAGGCUGAGUAUGUGAGUCUUGAGUCUAGGAGCAUAAAGUACAUUACUGAGGGUCAACUUACUUCCGUCUUGACAACUUACUAGAAUGCUGCCUUUGCCUCGUAUGGCGAUGCUGGAGCCAUCACUGAAUUUCACCACUCCUCCAGUUGAUUCAGUGAGGUCAUAAAAUAGAUUUCGAUCUCUAGUCAUGUGAUUUGUGGCACUUGUGUCUAGGUACCACAUUCCGUCUUCGAUUUGAGUCUCCAUUGUGUCUUGUAGUAAAGUUGCCAUUAGAAGCAUUGACUUGGCCUUUUCUUCAGUCUUCGAGAGGUGAGCUUUCUCCUCCUUUUUGUCUACAUAGCAUUCAGAUGCAUAAUGCCCCAUUUUGUCACAGUUGUAGCAUUUCACUGUGGAUUUGUUACGAGGCAAUUUUCAUCCUCAGUCACGCCCAUGACCUCGACCACGUCCUCUGCCGCGGGCAAUUCCACCCUUUGUUUUCUCAGUCCCGUGAGAAAGGACUUGUUUUUCUUUUUUCUACUGAUGAGACUUGAGCUUCUCUUUGUAGAUCUUAAGAGAUCCCAUUGUUUCUUCAAAUGGCAGGGAGUCGAUGUCGCCAAAUUGCUCAAGAGACACCAUAAUUGGAUCAAAUCUUCUUGGUGUUGCUUGAAGAAGCUUCGCAACAACAGCACCUUCCUCUAGCUUUUCACCCAAAUUUUUGAUUUGAGCGACAACUCGUGAUAGUUUUCCGGCAAAGUCUGUCACAGUUUCAUCAUCCCCAAUUUGAAGCAUCUCAAAUUCUCGCCUGAGACCUUGAAGUCUAGAUUUCGUGAGAUGGGUCACUCCCACGUACGUCACUUUGAAGAGCUCCCAAGUUUCUUUCGCCAUUUUUGUGAUGUCGAGUUGUGUCUAGAUAUCUUCCGACACGGCUCCGAGCAUCACAAAGAGGGCUUGCCGAUCCUUCUUCCUUGCUAUUGUCUUCAACUCAAUAGCAUCCCAUAAGCUGUGAGCCUCCAAGUGGAGUUGCAUACGCAUCGCCCACACUGGAUAAUUGGUCUUAUUCAAAACUGAGAACGUACCUAGAUAUCUGGCAUCUCCAGGUCCUUUCACAACUCCGCUUGCAGCGAGUGAGCUCUCGCCUUCCGUAGCAUCUCCACAAUGCGGCAUCUUCUGUCUUCUCUCCAGAACUUGUCGCUUUGAUACCAAUUAUUGGGAUCAAAGGAUCUAGAGAGAGUAUGGGUAAGGAUCAAAGCACGGAUGUUUUGAAAGAAAAUAGAGCAACAUCUCUACUUCAUCCAUUUUAUUGAACAUGUUGAGUACAAUUUAUAAGAGAGAGCGAGAGUAAUGGUCGUUAAAGACAACUACGAUUCGUGGGGCCACGUUUCCACGUAGCUUUCAUCUCAGCUAUUAUAACUCAGAAGAGAUGGAUGGUCAGGAUUAAAAAUAUUAAAAACUUAAGAAACGGUAAACAACUUGAAACAAUCUUCACUGGAGAAACUGCUGGAGUGUUACCAUUUCCAACGGUCUCACGCUUCCGUUUCUUGACUAGGCUUAACACCAUCAUAGGUCUCCCUUCCAGAAUAUGAAGCGAAAAAAUAGGAUUCAUACUCACAUAGAAGUAAAAACACUGAUGGCAGAUUAGUUUUUUUUCGUAGUAUGAACGAGUAUGUUCCGUCAUCCUCUGAUAAAUUUUCAGGUUUGAGAUGCUGCCAUAAGAGCUGCCGUCUGAGGUGGCUCAACUAUCUGAAGCCGAGCAUCAAACGUGGGGCGUUUCAGAAGGACGAAGUCGACGUUAUCAUCAGGCUUCACAAGCUCUUGGGGAACAGGUUAGUUAUUAGAGAAAACUUUCCCCAAGAAUGAGCUCCGUUCAACAUCGAGGCUGUGACUCGUAUGUCAAACUAGGCAUGUUUGAUGUUCCACGUGGUCACUUAUAGCUAGUAGAAUUCCAGGCAAAACAACGAACGACAUCAAUAACUACUGGAACUCCUGCUUGUGCAAGAAGGUGGGAUGUAUAGGGGAGGAUGCCAGGAAGUUCAACAUAAGAAAUACCAUCUGCUUGACUAUGGAGAAGUACAAUUCCUACCUAUUAGGACAAGCUAGUGUGUCGCCUCGUCUAGCUCACUCCCCAGAAGCUAUGGUUGGUUGUCGCCACGAGAUUUUCAGGCCUCAGGCUCGAACCUUGUCCGAGGGCCCAAUCUGCCUACCAGUCAUUAUCACGUGCCGUGAAUUCCUCCCUGCCAGACGGUGCUUUUCCUCUACAGAUGAGAGGCCCAACAGCGGACAAUAUCUCCUGGCGUGGACAAGGCUUCUACCGGAAGACAAUGAAAAAGAUCAGAGACAAUGGGAAAAAAAAGAUGCCAUCUCUUGUCCACUCGAAGAAGAGCUGCUCCAUUGGGCACCUCAGACAGAUGAAGAGGUGGAAGUAGGUUGGUGGCCGCUAGGAUGGGAGGACAUUCUGUUGGAUGUCAAUCUAAUGUCUGGGUACUAUCCAGGUUGA